AAGAUUGAGAGAGAGAGAGAGAGAGAGAGAGACGGAGAGAAGUAAAAAUAGUAAAAGCUGAAGAGCAGACAUGGCAAUGUAAGCUGGGAAAGUGUGCGGUGGUAGAAGAGGAAGAAGAAGAAGAAGUAAUGCUAGAGAGGUUGCAGGUGUGUCUGGGGGUCAAGCACGUCUCAGAUAUUGAAUACACCUCUUCUUUGGAUCUUGUGAGCAGUUCAGAGUGAUUAUUUGGCUCCUAUGGUCCAUGCGGCCUUUAUAGGCUGGACAGACACUCAUCUAUUCUCCUGAUCCACACACACACAGCCUGCAGUCAUGGAGAAGCAACUAGAGGAGCUGAGGCAGCAGCUAGAAAAACAAUGUAUGAUCAACCACGAGCUGCAGAGGCAAAACAAAGACCUGGAACAACGACUGCAGGAGAAAGAAAAACUUUUGCAGGAGCUACAUGGUCAGUAUCAUGAUCUUGAUUUUCCCUCUCAGGGCGGUAAUGAGAUUGAACCGGAGGUCAGGAAGAGCCGUGCGGCUGUCAUUGCCUCCGAACCGAUCCCAGAGACCCUGGAGAUUACACGCAAGAGGGUGAAGAAAACUGCCAGCGAGACAAAUCUGAUCGUCAAAGCCAUCCAGAAGAAUGACUUCCUGAGCCUCCUCGACGAUGAGCAAACAGCCAUGAUGGUGGAUCUCUUAGCGGUAUCCAUCUACAAACCGGGGGAGGACGUCAUUAAAGAGGGCACUGAAGGAAACAGCAUGUACAUAGUAGCAGCUGGUGAGCUUCUCGUCUCCCAGGCAGGCCGGGCCCUCCGCAGCCUAAACACUGGUGAUGUGUUUGGGGAGCUGGCCAUCUUAUACAACUGCAAACGGACAGCAACAGUCAAAGCGAAGGCAGAAGUUCGUCUGUGGUGCAUAGAGCGACAGACCUACAGGACGAUCAUGACUAACAAGUCCAAGAAGAAGCGAGAGCAGCUCAUGGGCUUCUUGAAGACGUCUCGUACGCUGAGGGACCUGAAUGAUGUCCAGUUGUCCAAAAUCAUUGACUCUAUGGAGGAGGUGAAGUACCAGGACAAAGAUGUUAUAGUUCGAGAAGGAGCAGAAGCAGACACAUUCUACAUCAUCCUCAAAGGAGAGGUCCUAGUGUCUAAGAACGUGAAUGGGCAGCAGAAGCAGAUUCGUAGGAUGGGAAAAGGGGAGCAUUUCGGGGAACAGGCCCUCAUACGGGAAGUCUUGAGAACUGCCACCUGCACCGCCGACGGCCCUGUGACCUGCUUCUCCAUCGACAAGGAGGUAUUUGAAGAGACAAUUCCCGUAGAACACCUGGAGCUGUUUGACGACUUCAAAGUGCUUCAGGAGGCGCAGGAGGCAAAAGCUCCAGAGAAGUCGAGUCCCGGCUCCACUCUGAGGUUUAAGGACCUGGUCCCCGUGCCGUACCAGGAGGGUCGCUAUCAAGGAGUUCCUGUCACGCUUGGAGUCGGAGGGUUUGGCCGUGUUGAGCUGGUGACCACAGUGAAUCAUGGGAAAUAUUACGCCAUGAAACGAGUCGGCAAGAAGCACAUUGUUGCCAAGAGACAGGAGGAGCACAUGCUAUUUGAGAAGAAGAUCCUUAAAGCCAUCCAGUGUGACUUCAUCGUCAGGCUUCAUGCAGCUUUUAAAGACACGCGAUACAUCUACAUGGUGAUGGAGUUCUGUGCUGGAGGAGAGAUCUGGACCAAACUCAAAGAAGUAGGGCGUUUUGACGAGCCCAUGGCUAUGUUCUGCACCGCCUGUGUGGUGGAGGCCUACACCUACCUCCAUAAGAAGAACAUCAUGUACAGAGACCUGAAGCCUGAGAACCUGAUGCUGGACGUAAAGGGCUACGUCAAACUGGUGGAUUUUGGUUUUGCCAAGGAGUUGGUGCGUGGUGAGAAAACCUACUCAUUUGUGGGUACUCCUGAGUACAUGGCCCCAGAGAUCAUCAAGAACCAGGGACAUGACUUUGCAGUUGACUUUUGGUCCCUCGGCGUUCUGAUCUUUGAGCUGUUGGUGGGAAGCCCUCCCUUUUCAAGUUCAGAGCCGCAGAAGAUUUACGCCAAGAUUUUGGACGGGGUGCUCAAGUAUCCACCUUACAUGAGUGAAGCAUCCAAGUCCAUUAUCAGCAAAAUGUGCAGACCUCGGCCGGGUCAGAGGUUAGGAAACACCAAGAAUGGAAUCAAAGAUGUCCGGCAUCACAGGUGGUUCAGCAGUAUGAACUGGCACAAGCUGCGCGUGGGUCAGCUUGACGCCCCCACAGUCCGGCUCAUACGCAAGGGUCCCUGCUACAUCAACUUUGAUCGUUUCCCUCUUGAUCAGACGAAGGCAGAUGAGGAGUUCUCUGGUUGGGACCGUGACUUCUGAUGUUAAAGGAUUAAAAGGCCACAUCAGCCAAAUAUAGAACCAAAUCAGAAUAACAUCAGUUUCAGCCAAAACGUGAUGGUACUGUAGUAGGAGAUUCAUUAUUGAAAAAAACACAACCCAUUUCAUACUAAUUUGAUUGUUGAAUUAGAGUGGAACGGCAGGGGAUCACCUUUUUUUCCAAAAUGUUUAUUAAAUCUUCUCUGUUGCCAUGGAGACACAACCAUCUAGGUGGCGAUGGGCCAAACAUAUAAGGAGGUGUUGGGACAAGAUGUUAGGUCGUUCUGUUUCCUAAUUCAGUGCCUGAUGAAGAAGUGUUAAUAACAUCAUCCACAUAACACUCUUCACGGAUUAGAAUAAAACACCCGUCCAUGUGUUCGCUAGCUGAGAAAAAAGGCUUGACUCACAUUGUACAAUCUGUACAGCUCUUACCAAGCCUCACAAUGAAACAGAUAACCAACGUCAUAUCUGGAUUGUACUCCAAUGUUUAUUGUCCUCUUGGAUCUUUGUUAGCAAAGCUGGUAAGUGUUUAAUAUUGUUAAAGUUGUUUUUUUUGUAUUGUGAACUGUCACUUUCUUGAGGAUUUCUCUUUGUUUUUUUGAUAAUCUGCCCCCUUUUUGUGUGCAGAUUAUUGUCACGCACCUUGAUUGUAUCUUAAAAAGAUCAUAGAACAUCCUGAUGAAAAAUUUCUACCUGACUUUAGUAAAUAAAAGCGCUCUUAUAUGCUUGA